AUUUGCAUGAAAGGGCCGUUCUCCAGCUCUGGGGGUUUAAGAGAGAAUCGGAGGGUCCCAGCCACAGACCCGUUUGCCUCAGGAAGCCGAGCUCAUCUGGAUUCCCACCAUGGCCUGGGCCCCUCUGCUCCUCACGCUGCUCACUUACUGCUCAGGUUCCAGCUCACAGCCUGUGCUGACUCAGCCGCCCUCAGUGUCAGUGUCCCCAGGAAACACUGUGAAACUCUCCGCACCAUGAGCAGUGGGACCAGCAUCAGUGGCUAUGCUGUGUACCGGUUCCAGCAGAAACCUGGGAAUUCUCCACGAUACCUGCUGUAUUAUUAUUCAGAUUCCAGCAAGUACCAGGGCUCUGGGGUCCCUGCUCACUUCUCUGGUUCCAAAGACACAUCCAGUAACACCGGCUAUCUGACCAUCUCCGGGGCCCUGGCAGAGGAUGAGGGUGAUUAUUACUGUGCUGUGUGGCACAGUGGUGCUGCUGUCUUCGGUGGAGGAACCCAGCUGACCGUCCUUGGUCAGCCAAAGGCAUCUCCCACCGUGCACCUCUUCCCUCCAUCCUCAGAAGAGAUAAAAACAAAAAGCAAAGCCACGCUGGUGUGUCUGCUGGACAGCUUUUACCCAGGGUCAGUCCAAGUCACCUGGAAAGCUGACGGCCAGCAGAUCUCCACUGGAGUGGAGACGACCAAACCCUCCAAACAGAGUGACAACAAGUACAUGGCCAGUAGUUACCUGUCUCUGGAUGGAUCAGCUUGGAAGAGCCAUGAGAGCUACACCUGCCAGGUGACACACGACGGGAAGAACUUCGAGAAGUCCCUGAAGAGCUCAGAGUGUUCUUAACCCUCUGACCCCCAGAGGGCUCAACCGGUUCCCAUGUCAGUCUGUAGGGGGUUCCCCAAGGGAGCCAGGAUCUGUCCGUAGCAUUCCCAUAAUGCUGAUGUCCAGCAAAUCUGCUUCCUAUUUUAGGUGGGGGAUUUUAUCAAUCCAUACGACACCGUCUUUAUUCCCACGUCCCCAUUCCUCUCACCCCCCUGCAUUCCCUGGAAUUGUCCUUCCUGCUUUAGUCUCUGAUGCAGCCUUGUUAUGAUAUUAAUAAAAUCAGAAAAAAUUGACUAUAGCUGUGACUGUGAAGAGUUUAACUUCUUCUGUCCCUUUUCCACCUUGUGUAUUAAAUGCAAUAUUCACCUUCUCUUCCAAUAAAAUAAACUUACCUUUUAUCAGCUAA